AUGGUUAACCGAAUGAGUAUCAUUCGUUUGACCUUGGACGGAAGUCUCUUCAAGGAACCCCUGCAUGAUGUCUACAACAAUGGCUGCGGAUUUGAUCCUAUUGUCCCUCUGCUCGAAGCACUCAUCAUCGACUCUGCACUCUCCUCAGAGAAGAAAAGCGCUAAAUCGGAAUUCAGGAUUUUCCUCAAGUAUUGCACCUCGGUCAACAAAUUGAACCUGAGAUCCGACGAUCGAUAUCUCUUGCUGAACUUCAUAAAGGCCAAGAUCGGCCUUUUCCUGCGGCUCAAGAAGAUGACAUUGAAUUGCAAGGAACGUACCAUAGCCAUCGGCUCUUCCAAAGGCAAGACACACCGUUAUCCAAAGGGCGGACCAAGCGCAUCGCUCGGGCUGGAGGUAUUCGAAGACAAGGGCUUCAAGCACUUGGACAUUGUCAACAUAAAGACCAAUUUUCCUGAUUGUUCUGGUGCACCUACCAUACCGACCGAUAUCGCGAUGCGAGCAGUUCUUCCUGUGGUCAGGCCUAGCUAUCUCUGGAAAGCGCCUAAUAAAUACGGGCUAUUCCAUCAAACAAAUGGAGACGAACGGAGCGUUCAGCGACGAUCUUGUCGGCCUGUUGAAAACGAAGAUGGGGGCAAGAGACCACGAUUCACGUCCCUGAUGCUGCUUCGAGCAUCACUGACACUUGAAGGCCUUCAGCGCAUGCGCUGGGUCAUCGGCCAUUCAAGAAACAUUGAGCUUCAAAGGAGCCAACGUUCCCUGGAGAUACUAGUCGACAAAGUUCCAGGCAACAAGAACUCAGUCGCACCAUUGAAGACGUUACGCCUUGAGGGCAUGAAACUAGCCGAGUCCACCAAUCCAAAGGCACUCUGGUCGCUGCUAGCGACCCUGGAGGGAAAGGUGCCCGAUGUGAGCAUCGAAGGAUUGUGA